UAAACCACAGAGUGACGAACGGCGCAGGGCGACGGAGAACCUUCCACCCACAGCUCGGCUACUCUUUGGUGUCAGUCUCCCUUCUUUCUCCCCCCCCCCCCUCCCCCUUCUCCUCCUCCUGGAGACUCGAAUGAGCAGCUGCAACCCAAGAUGCCUCUAAACAAUGAGCGACCCACCUCCACGUCCAGCGGCGAGGACCAAGGCAGCGACGUGGAGUCAACGUUGGAGCGCUUUGACAGCAUGACAUCGACCAGCGACCUGGACUGCUCCCGUGAAAGCUUCACUAGCGACUGCUCCAGCAAGCAUUGCACGCCCUCCUCGAGCCCACCCAAAACCUCAACCCUGGACGAAGUCAUGGAGUCUGUUAGCAACCUCAGCCUUGCCCAUGAGAUCAUUGUGGACCACAAAUUUCAUCUGGAGCCAGUCGACCUACCUCAGGACAGUAUAUGGAAGUUAGUCAGAGAUAAUGUCCACAAGGCUUUCUGGGACAUCUUGUCGGCGGAGCUGAACGAUGACCCGCCUGAGUAUGGCCAGGCCAUCAGACUACUGGAAGAGAUCAGAGAGAUCUUACUGUCAUUCCUUAAUCCGGGUGCCAACCGAAUGAGGAUCCAGAUCAUGGAGGUGCUGGACAUGGACCUGAUUCGUCAGCAGGCUGACAACGAUGCUGUAGACAUCCAGGGGCUUGCCUCUUACAUUAUCACCACUAUGGGCAAGAUGUGUGCACCUGUCAGGGAUGAGGAAAUUAAGAAGUUGCGGGAAAGUACAGAUAAUGUUGUGACACUGUUCAGGGAGAUUUUUCGUGUGCUGGACUUGAUGAAGGCAGACAUGGUCAACUUUACAAUUGAUAAUCUGCGGCCUGUGCUGCAGAGACAGAGUGUUGAAUAUGAGAGGGCCACGUUCCAGAGCAUCCUGGAAAAAACACCCAAUGCUUUGAACCACACCACCUCCUGGAUUAAGUCAGUUCUGGAGGAGCUGCUGCCGACCACCAUCCCCACAGGACAGACUCAGCGGAAAGGACAGCAAGCUGUGCCUGGCCCUUUCCAGAUUCUCAAUUUUGCCUUCGUCCGUAUCCUCACGUGGGACUACAAUAAGAGUCCACUGCCUGAGACGUGGAUUACGGAUGAGACACGUCUGCGUGAGAUUCAGUGGCGGCUCCAGCAGUACCAGGCGGUGAAUGAGGUGCUGCUCAUUGUGCACAGCACCAUUGGAGGGCCUAUCCAGGGUUUACCCUCCCUGUCUGACCGCCUGAAGAGGAUGACCAGCGUGCUGUUGGAUGGCAUGCACAGCCCGGACUUUAACCUAAAAGAGGCACUAGUGGGCGUCAGUGCUCAGAUCUGCUGCGAGCUCAACAAAUCUCUCACAGAGAGGAACUACCCUGCACUGUCCCCGGCGCUGCAGGCCACCCUCAUGGGCCAGAUCUGCAGCAUCACCCAGAGGGACAAUCCCAUCCGAUCUCUAGUUGAGGACCGUGUGCAGCAGUACUUCAUGAUGCUCAUCUGUGAUCCCAAACCACAAGCCAAACUCGAACAGGUACCAACUGGCUUGACUGCAAUCAAACCUGAACUAGCAUUGAUGGGAGCAAGGUUCAUCUCUCUGGUCAACUACAACAAGUCUGUCUAUGGACCUUUCUAUGCUGAUAUCAUCAGGAGGCUCAUGUUCAGCAGCAGCAGCCCACCAGCACACACCGCUCCUCAGGACACGGCUCAGGACUCCGUUACCUCCGCUUGAAACCAAACUUUGGCUCAGGCGGUCCAAGGAGCCUAUUUGCCACUAGAUUUACCUGAAGCUAUGGAGGUACUACAACAGCUACGCAGUACUACUGCUUUGGUCGGCCAGCGUUCUCCAGUAGUUGGAGCUGCCUUCCGUGUGUCAUAAAUGUAGUUUUUAUCCCUACAUUUAGCAGUGAAGACACUGCAGUAGACGCUCCAUGCGGUCAACAUUUAAUGUGACCUGCGUCCUUUGUAAUAAAUGUACUCUGUAUGCUCUCCUAUGAACAUUCACAGCUUCAAACCAGAAAGUGAUUCAUAUCUGAUCCUAAUAGCAACCCUACAUUGUAAGUUUGUCUGUAGUCAAACUGCUGCUCUUUCAGAGGGAGUUCAUAGGAGAACAAGGGGAAAACCUAGUGUGUCUCAUACAUACAAUGAGCUUUAUGAAGCGAAGAGGAAUUAAAUUCAAGCAUAUAUAUAUUUAGAUAAUUAGCAGAGUAGCAUUUACUUAUGAAUACCGUUAAACAUUCAUGAGGCAGCCCUUUUCCCAUUUUAUUAGUCCUUUUGAUUGUUCUCCUUUUUUCUUUUUCUUUUAUCAGCCACAUAAAUGGAAGUUUCUCUCUUCAUAGUAAUCCACUGAUAUUAUGCUACAUAAAUAAUAACAAAAAUUCUUGGAGAAAAGGAAUUUUGACCUCAAAUAAUGUAAAACCGUUGUCUGCAUGAGUAGCUUUGUGUUAGGAUUUUGUCAUUUUAGUAACUUGAGUAAUGUGUUGGGAGUAUUUGUCAAGUUGUAUGUUGUACUCUUUUACUCGCAUUCUGAUUUUGGAAUAUUUGCCACAUAGUUUUAGUUGCGAUUGUUGUUACAUUUUGAGGUCCUGUGGUUGUUUCAGUAUUUUUAUGUUGGCUGUUGGAACUCAUUUGGAGCUGACAGGUACUCAGCUCAAAGUGAUUUUGUGUCCAGAAUUUCCAGUAGACCCAAAUAUGUACAAAGACAAAGAAAUGAUGUACUUAAGCUUAAGUUCACUCAGAAUGUGGGAAGUUUUUGGUCCCUUGCUAUGUACCACUGUUAAUAUAAUGAAAUAAAAAAGUAACACAAAUUGA